AUGAGUACUCUAAAAAUACAAUUUGUGAUUGUUGUGACAUUGCUUUUAGCAUUGCUAAUUAAUAUAGAUGGAGAUUCAUAUUCAGCUUCAAUUCCAAAUGAUGAAGGGAACAAAAAUUCAAUGACAACCAUUGUUGUUGAAGAAGUUGGUUUGGAGUAUCCAGGAUCACUUGAUUGUAGCGCAAGUGCAUUAAUAUGUAACAAUGGAGAAAUUCUACCAAGAAGUGUAUGUUGUAGAAAUCGAUGUGUCGAUCUUACAUCUGACCCAUUAAAUUGUGGUCUUUGUGGAUUUAUUUGUCCAUCUCCUUUGCGGUGUUGUAACCGUUUGUGUGUAAAUCCAUAUAUAAGUCCUUUUAAUUGUGGUCAAUGUGGAAGGGUAUGUCCUAUUGGAAGGCUUUGUUUUUGGGGUUCGUGUGCUUUGGAAAAUCCAUCUUUAGCUCCACUCGUUUCUCCAUCAAAGAUACAACACCUACCAAUUCCAAAGGAGUAA